CAGACACCCCCACAUCCUCUCUCUCUCUCUCUCUCUCUCUCUCUGUCUGUCCGUCUCUCUGAACCUCAGAACACCUCUUUUCUUUCUCUUCUCUCCUCCUCACACACCAUCAUGUCCUCUAACGGCGCCGCCGGCGACGUGCUGCAGAUCCCUCUGGGUCUCAUCAACAGCGAGGGGAAGUAUCUGACCGCGGAGACGUUCGGCUUCAAGAUCAACGCGUCGGCCAGCAGCCUGAAGAAGAAGCAGACGUGGACCCUGGAGCAGACCGCAGAGGACGACAGCAGCGCGGUGUUCCUGCGCUCCCACCUGGGCCGCUACCUCGCCACGGACAAAGACGGCAACGUGACGGCGGACAGCGAGACGCGCGGCGGGAGCGGCGGUACCGGACGCGACUGCCGCUUCGUCAUCACCGCGCACGAAGACGGGCGGUGGUCUCUGCAGUCCGAGCCCUACGGCCGCUACCUGAGCGGCAGCGAGGACCGCAUCACCUGCUUUGCGCAAAGUAGUGCGCCACCAUCAGAGAAGUGGAGCGUGCACCUGGCCGUGCACCCGCAGGUCAACCUGUACAGCUUCGCGCGAAAACGCUUCGCCCACCUGAGCGCGCGGCAGGACGAGGUGUCCAUAGACCGGGAUGUCCCCUGGGGGGUGGACUCGCUGGUGACUCUGGUGUACCGGGACCAGCGCUACCACCUGGAGACGUCAGACAACCGCUUCCUGCGUAAUGACGGCACCUUGGCCACCAAACCGGACCAGGACACCGGCUACAUGCUGGAGUUCCGCUCCGGUAAAGUGGCGUUCCGUGACGUCACCGGCCGCUACCUGGCGCCCUCUGGACCCACCGGUACCAUGAAGUCUGGGAAAGGGACCCGGGUCGGGAAGGACGAGAUGUUUGGCCUCGAGCGCAGCCACGCGCAGGUCGUGCUGACCGCCGGCAACGAGAGGAACGUGUCCACGAGGCAAGGCAUGGACCUGUCAGCCAAUCAGGACGAAGAAGGGGACCAGGAAGUCUUCCAGUUGGAGAUGAGCCGUGAGGACAGGAAGUGUGCCUUCAGAACCGCUUCUGGAAAAUACUGGGCUCUGACAGCCAGUGGAGGACUGCAGUGCACUGCCUCCGACAAGUCGGGCAACAGUUACUUUGAACUGGAAUGGCGUGACGGUCGUGUGUGUGUGCGUGCAGCUAACAACAAAUAUGUGAUCGCUAAGAGGAACGGGCAACUAGCUGCUACUAUUGACAACGCAGGGGAGGCUGAACAAUUCCUGAUGAAGCUGAUCAACCGUCCAAUCAUCGUCCUUCGUGGGGAGCACGGUUUCAUUGGGGCUCGUAAAGCCGGAAUACCGACUCUGGACUCCAACCGAGCAUCAUAUGACGUUUUCCAGCUGGAGUUUCACAACGGAGCUUAUUCCCUUAAAGACUCCCAGGGGAAGUACUGGUGCGUUGGAGACGACACAGCGGUGGCGUGCAGCAGCUCCACACCUGUCCAGUUCCUGUUUGAGUUCUGUGACCUCAACAAGAUGGCCAUCCGUGCUCUAGGGGGGAAGUACCUUAAAGGAGACCAUGCUGGAGGGCUCAAGGCCAGCGUCGACUCCCUGGACAGCGCCACCCGCUGGGAAUACUGAGAAAGCAAAGCCUGACUUCUCCUCUAUUUGACACAAUGCUUCAAACUAUUGAUACUGUAGGUAGCUGUUUUUUUUGCAUAUGUGUGUGUGUGUAAUUGUGAAUUUGUCUGGAUGGAUGUGUGGUGGAAACUGAAGCUGAUAAACUGGAAGUCACGGCACCAAAGCACUACAGGUGUUUUAUUUUUUACCCUUUUUCUUUCUCGAUCAUUAUCUCUUCUUACUGGGCUUUUUACUGGAGAUUUGGAUGUACGAUGGACUUGUUGUUUAAUGAAUGAAUCAUAGUGUUGUUUCACUUCCAGUCACAUUUACACAAGCUGUACCUGAUAAAUGUCAGGACGAUUGCUGUCAUUAGUUGUGUGCCUAUCUGUGGUAACUACUGGUAUAAACAAACAUAUGGAAUGCUAUAAACUCAUAACUUACACUAUCUAGCCAUCUCCUGUUAAAUGUCCUGCUGGCUCUAUUGCGCUGCUUUCUUUCAAAUUAAAGCACAACACACAUCAGAAAAACGGAUGUUACUGAUUUACAUGUUUCUGCUGUAAAUAAGGCUUUAUUUGUCACUGAAUGCUUCAAAAACAUAGUAACCAUGGAAACUUUAAGUGCACAAGUGUGUCGAGGGUGUAAAGAAAGAAAUGAGAUCCGGCCUGAUCUGACACGCUCUUCGGCUGUAUGCUGCACCUCUCACUUUUAUGGUACAUGUCCACAGGGGCGUUUCUUAUCGCGAGGGAUCGUCUCGCUUCCCAGCAUUGGACACUUGAUGGGCUACUAGACACAAGGCACUAGGCACCUGAUUGGAUGAACGCUUUCCCUCGUGGGCUGCUGCUCCCAGCUUUCAAACCAGAACCAACAUGGUGGCUCGUUUGGAAACUUUCUUCUCUUAUAUUAUGAAAAUAAUUCACAAAAAUGUGUUUCUGAAAACAAUUAAUGUGAGAAAUAAGCGAUGCAGUUGGUAAAUCUUUCUUUUUUAGAUUGACAAAAGGUUUCCAAGUUUCUAGGGAGUGUCCAGAGGCAGCGAGUCGCACCGGACGUCCCUGAUGUGCAUAAAGUACCCUAAACCUCAACCUUAUGCAAAUGAGGAGUGGCCAACGUGAUGCCCCAUCUCUUGAAACGUGCCGCCACGCUACCAGAAUGCAUUGCACAGCUGCUUACAUUGACAAUGAAUGGGAAGCUGGGAAAAGAGGGAGGCUGUGGACAUGUACCAUCAGAUGUGCAGGCAGACAAAAUCUGUAUAUAGACAGACGCAUCUAUAGUAAAUAGUCAGUAGUCCAAGGUUUCCCUUAAAGACUAUAAUCCUCUCCUCUGAUUCGUGUAAGGUUUUCGAUUAUACUUAAGGAGGAACCAAAUGAAUGAGCUCACUCAUUGACUGGAGGAGCCUUCUUAGUGAGAAUGAUCAUCCUUUCUGUUAAAAGGAGUGAAGGACCUAGUUACUACACACUCAAAUGCACAUUAUGCAGUCAUAUUAGAUACAUUAUACUAGGACUCAAAAUCUGCACGAUAAUGUCCAACUGCAAGACGUGAAAAGCACAUGUUUGUUAUAGAUUGGGUGCUGCUGCUGCUUCUGGUGUGUAAACACAACGAAAGAGUCUCUCUGGCUAUUAUUGUGGAUGUGCCUUCCAUUGAGCAUUUCAGUCUAUUUCAUGUUCUUACAUUUGAACUGAAUGAAGUAAAAAAUAACAAUAAAGUUUUCCCUCUGUGGACCUUUUCCUUGA